UUGUUUGAAUAAAGUCCUUGUAUGCCUUUUCUUGAUUUCAGAUUUGAGUUGGUCCAGUUGGGGUUGGUGAAAUCUCCUCGAGCAUCAUUUGACCUGUACAUGUUUCCUCGGUGUGGGGGCAAUUCGAUUCUUCAGCACUUGACACAUAACCUACAGAAUAAUUCACUUAUUUUCUAACAUAAGCCCAUGUUAUGUUUUGUGGACCGUUAUCUUUUUGCUCAAAGACAUACAGAGAUGCAAGUGAAUGGCUAACUGCAAAUUCCUCUUCCAUACUAAGAUGUUUUUUCCAACAAAAGUUUCAUCUUUUAUGCUCAAUGACAUACAUAUGAUGUGGAUUCCUGCACAUUAACUUAUAAAUUUCUUUUCACCCGUUAGUCCACUACCGGCCCUUCACGGUAACGCAAGUGUUACGUCAUCAAGAACCAGUCAACAAAUGUAGGAUUCAUGAAAAUAGAGCGACGAGAUGCGAGAUCCACAAGCUUUGAGAUUUAUAAGAAAGGACACGAGUUCACGAGAAUCCUGUCGUGGGUUUGCAGCUUAAUACGUCAAGGCAGUUAAUCAAGCCGUUAAUGGACUGGUGAUUUGUCUGCAAGAAAACCGUUCAAGAGGAAGAUGAACAGUGAGAGACCAGUCAAAGGUAAGCAGUGACCCGUCGGUCGUCACCCCAGUUUGGCUUUAAAUAGUCGGGUUGCUCGCUUUACUGCCCCUGACAGACAACCCGUCAGGCCUCGCCUCACUCCAGUUUACAUCCUCCUUCUAGAGAGAGAGAGAGAGCUUUCCUGACUGAAAAAGCUCGAAAACUACGGAGGCUCGGCACUCUUUAUUCCCUUGAAAGCAAGAACGAGGACGAAGCAUCUGCAAAAGAAGAGGAGGGGAGAAUGUCAUAAUGAACACCGAGCAAAGUCAUAAACUUCUCAAGCAAAGAAAGAAGAUACUUCCUUUAUCAUCUUCCCAAGGAAAAUAUCAAUUUUUGGGUUAAUCUAGCCAGUUUGUUGGGAGAAACAUGACCACUGGAAUGACUCGUAAAGUUCGGCUAGUCAAGUGCCCAAAAUGUCGGCAGCUUCUUCCAGAGCCGCUAGAUAUUUCUGUGUACCAAUGUGGUGGAUGCAGCGCUGUCCUUCGAGCAAAAAGUCGCAGAAAUGAAGCUGGGAGUGCAGUAUCGGAACUCCUCGAAGCAGCUGAUGCUCAGAAGAAUAAACCUGUAUCGACUUCAGUGGAAAACGGUUCAAAAGAAUCAGGACAUGGAACAGUUCUUCCUUGCUCGACUCUCCGUAUGCCUGAUCAGAGCAAUGUGGACAACCGUUGCAUGUCUGACAAUAGCAAUGCUGAACCUGACCAGCCUCGGGAGUCGUUCUCAUCCAACGGACCUAAAAAUGACCGAAGCAGGCAAGAUGUAUCUGGUGAGUGCAAUGAAGAAGGACAUGGAGGAUCAAGGGAUGUUCGGUCUUCGAUUGAGCUUGCUUCUCUUGAUAUUGGACAGACUUUGCUUGUCGAGACUCCAGGGCCAAAUUUAAACGUAAGUGGAGAGAGCUCAAUAUCUGAUGAACUGCCAGAGCAACCUGAUAAGAGCAUUUCACAUGACAUCGUAAAUCUGAGGGAUACUCCAAUCUCUGCAAGUGGAAAAUAUGGUCACCCAAGCUCGAUGCUGAGAGGUGAACCUGGAGAAGUACCUAUCUCCACAUCAGCCAUAGGAUUGAAUGAUCAUGUUUACCAAUCUCCUACUCAUGUUGAGAAUCAAUGCAUUAGUGGGUAUGCUCAUUGUACAAAAGAAGCAAAUUUUGCCAUUUCUGAAGAACAGGUCACUAGGAAAAAGUUCCUGGAGAAUCACAAGACAGACCCUGAUUUUAGAAUGAAGUGUCCCCUAAAGAAAGAAGCGAAUUUUGCCGUUUCUGAAGAACAGGUCGCUAGGCAGAAGUUCCUGGAGAAUCACAAGACGGACCCUGAUUUUAGAACGAAGCAUCCCCUAAGGAAAGCAGCGAAUUUUGUCAUUUCUGAAGAACGGGAAGCUACGCAGAAGUUCCUGGAGAAUCACAAGACGUAUCCUAAUUCUAGGACGAAGCAUCCCCUAAGGAGUUCUAAGUCAUUUUACCAUAAUUCAGAUGGAGGGACUGACCCAAUUCGAAUUAGCAGGCAGGAUCGAGGUGAAACAAUGAGACCUGCAAGACAUGGUCUUCCUGCUCUGUGCCGAACUAGAACAAAAUCAGAGGGAUUAGAGCCCAGCAGAGCACCAAACUUUCUGAGGGAUCACCGUACUUAUGACUAUGGGGCUCCCCUGAGCAAGGUGCACAAAUAUCUGGUUCGCAGCUCAAGCUGUCAUGUACCAGAGAAGCCUGAGUUCCCUUCUCAGGAUGAGAUGGAACUGUUGAGGAAGGUUCUUGAACUGGAGGAUCAACUAAAGAGAACAUACAAUCUCCAUGGAAUGAGAAAUGAAAGAGUGUCCCAGCAGUAUAGUUAUUUGGGGAAACAUUUCUCAUCGAAAACCAUGGAAAACAGUAGAAAAUCUGACUACUCCUAUACCGGUCUCUCCCCGCAUGACAGGCAUUACUCUGUACACUUGCCUCCACUCGCCAAUCGUGAUAAAGGACUCUAUAGAGUUCGCUCAAGCCGCAGCAUGUGUAGUCAAUAUGCCUCCUCUCCAUUGAGCUCCAGGCAGUACGCAGUCCCCAUGUGUGAUCGCGAAAUCAAGUUUAAGCAUUCAAGAAAGGAGCGUCAAUCUUCCAAGAGACACUUCCGGCCUAUCGCAGUGUUGGAGUUCUCGAUCCAGAAAGGAACACACCUAAUUCGGUAUACACCACAUGCAAUGGAUCGAGAAGAGAGUAUGUGUGCAAUGCCCUCAGAGACCGAGGAAGUUCCUGGCAAAACCAGUUCAGCACUUCAUCAGCUAAUGGGCUACUCUUCAGUUAGUCAGCUGAUGACAGGAUCAAGGCCGUCAGCCAGCAGGGCGAGCCCUUCCACCCUGAAGUACUGGCCCGGAGUUGAUGGAUUUUCUCUUCUGAGAAUACUUUCUUUGGCUCAAGCCCCUGUAUUUUCCGUGCUAGUUGAAAAGGAUUCUUAUGCUGGCAUAUGA